CCCGUGAUUCUGUCUCGGACCAGGAAGUAACGUGUCAUAAUAAUCCUUAGACAUAUGAUCAACACUACAAUGGGUUGACUGAGGAAAAUCUAAACAGCAUAAUGGAAACGUAUUUUGCACUGUGCCUUUUACUGUAUGUCAUCGCUGGCAGUUUUGCUGAGGAUCUCACUUACUCGAAUGGGUUCUACUCUAAAGCGCCUCAGAAGUUGUCCAAAUACAGCGGGUUCGGCAAUGUUCGGCUCCAGCACUUUAGAGUACCGGAGGAUGCCGUGCUCGCGCGGUGGCUGCUCACGGUUUCAUGGGCAUCCGGACUGAACUGUGGCAACCAAAACAUCACUGUGCACUUUAGGGCAGGAGCUCCCCCGGUCAUCAACCCUUUAGACACAGCCUUUCCAAACUCCACAUCAUUCUCCCUUGCUCAUAACUUGACGCUGAUCAUUCCCAGUGGACAGAGCGGCAAUGUGACACUGUUCAAUGUGACCCACCCCAAACCUGGAGACUGGUUCCUUGCUGCUCACCUGCCCAAAGAUGAAGGAAAGAUAGAGCAACAGGGAUUGCCAUCUUGCUCAUACUUAUUUCAGGCACAGAUGUUUUUGAGGAGAGCCGCUGACCUGCCAAUCCUGCAGCACAACAUUCCACUCUAUCAAACACUAACUUCAGCUCCAGCCUUGUUUAAGGUCUUUGUUCCAGAGUUCUCCUCCAAGUUGGAUGUUUUCAUCUUGAACUGUUCUGUAAAGCUGGGAAAUGAUUGUGGGCUGUCAGUCACUGUAGGCUCCAGCACUUUGAGGCAGGGCUCGGAGGUGAAACAGAACUGUUCAGGGUUAGAGAGCUGCUCUGCAUCGGUCCUCAUUCCCCCAUGGAACAGCUGGUUACUGGUUAUGGUUGAGACUAGUCAACCAAACACCACAAUACCUUUCAGUAUCUCUGCCAAUGUCACAGUGGGAUGUAAACCUUUGAGUGUCUCUUCAGAUUUUAACACCUCAGCCUUCAUUCGUACCAUCAUUGCUCCACAAAGCAACAGCUCAGGUGCCCUAAAUAACACAUCUUUUUCAAUGAGAGACCAAACGGGCCUCCGUGCUAACAGCUCUGAGCCAAUGUGCAUGACAAGCCCUUCAGUGUCCAGAGAUGAACAGGAUGUACUAUCACUACACUUCAUCGGUUCCAGCAACCUAACCGUGACCUCGGACCUUCCAACUGUGCUCACACUUGAGCAGUCUCCUGGUGAUAGUGGCGGCACAUUUGUUGUACAGCUCAACUUGAACACUAGUUCUCUGGUUGGUGGAUUUGCUCAUGUCAAAGCAUGUCUCACACCUACUGCUCCUUUACUUCACCUCAACCACAGCCUGACUUGUGCUACAGGGCUUAUACAGGGUUAUUCCCUAAGUGUGAGCAGCAAUGAAUCACAGGCACUGUUGAGGAUUCCAUUCCCAGAUGCAGCAGUGUGGUACCUCAGCCUCCAAACUGUGUGCAAUGAUAGUGUUGACUGCAGGAAUGCAUCAGCCAUAGUGAGUGUGUCAGUGAGUGUGAGUGCAUGCAUUGAUGACUGUGGGCCGUAUGGAGAGUGCAGACUACUACGCACACACAGCUUCCUCUAUGGCGCAUGUGUGUGCAAAGCAGGUUGGCAGGGAUGGGGCUGUACGGAUGGAGCCACUGCGCAGUCGUACUCUCGGCAGCUGGCUGCAGCUCUGCUCCUCACCUUCAGUAACUUUUUCUUCAUCCCUUCCAUUGUCGUAGCACUUUACAGAGGCUACCACAUUGAGGCCGCCAUCUACUUCUUUACCAUGUUUUUCUCCACGUUUUAUCAUGCGUGCGACCAGCCCGGUGUGACUGUGAUGUGUAUCAUGGACUACGACACUCUCCAGUUCUGUGAUUUCUUGGGUUCUGUUGUGUCUGUGUGGGUGACCAUUGUGUGCAUGGCACGGCUACAGGAUCCUGUAAAAUAUUUAUUAUUUAUGUUGGGCACUCUCAUAAUUUCUAUGGCGAUGCAGUUGGACCGCAGGGGGCUGUGGAACCUUCUAGGACCCGUUCUGUUUGCUUUGGUCAUUAUGGUCUCUUCCUGGGUUUAUCGAGGUGUGAAACGGCAUCAGUGUUACCCUCCGUUGUGGCGUCGCUGGGUGUUGUUCCUGCUUCCGGGCAUCGUAUCAGCAUUGAUUGGAGUGUGCGUGUACGUCUUUGCUCAGACCGACAGCAACUACUACUACACUCAUUCCAUAUGGCAUAUCAUGGUGGCCACGAGCGUGGUCUUCCUCUUACCACCCCGUGAAAAACACGUCCCCCCCUGGGGCUGGACGAACAAAAUCUGUAGCUACAGGAGAUGUUCAAAUGAGAAAGUAGAGCAUUACACUGUCAACUAAAAACACUGCUAUUGAUAUUUGCACAGACAGGAUUUUUAUAAUUUUCCAAAUGUUAUUGGUUAGCUUUAAGAAACACGUCAAGCUUUAUCUGAAAGAUUCUUGACUGCAGUGACCAGUAUGGCUGUUUGCACAUUCAGAACUACUUCAAGGAAUAGUUUACCCAAAAAAUAUUAUUUUACUGUCAUUCUUAACCCUUAAACCAAAUCAGUGGAACACAAUAGGAGAUUCUUCCAAGUUCAUAGUGACCACAUAAGUCAAGGGAAGAUUAUUAGUGAAUAUUGACUUAUUUUGGUCUGUUUCUUCCUUCAGAAGGCUUGGAAUAUAGUGCACAAGUCAUAUACACUACUUAUAUGGUGCUUUUUGGCAAACAAAUACUUCAUUUGUAUUUCAUUUAAAAAUACA